UGUUUGGGCUUUCAGGUAAAAGAUCCCGGAGAUGCUGCCUUCGCCAGAGACAACAAACGGCGUUUCUGCUGUAUAAAAAUUGCCACCACAGUCGAUCGUCAGGCAGCUGGUGUGAUAAUGAAUGCUGAUGAAUGCAAUGGCCGUUCUUACAUGUCAGGCAGUGGAGAUUCUUCAACAGAACGGGAGUUUUUUGCAGGGCUGAGAGGACCUACUGUGAGCACACCAAACAGUCAACAGUCCUCUCCAAGCCGCUCACUUAGUGCUAACUCCAUCAAGGUGGAGCUCUCCAGUGACGAGGAGGCAGGUGGUGCUCUGCUGACAGAAAGAAGAGUCGGGGAGAAGGAUGAAGUAUGGAAGGAAGAAAAGGGGGACAUGGCAGAAGAUGGGGGAGUGGAGAUGGUUGGAAGCACACAAGGGCAGACUGGGAGCGGCUGUGGGGACAUGGCCAGUCCUGAGCCCGCAUCCCCUGGUCCCAUUCGGCUGCCCAAUGGGAAGCUUAAAUGUGAUAUAUGCGGGAUGAUCUGUAUUGGACCUAACGUUCUGAUGGUGCACAAACGCAGCCAUACAGUCUUGGUCUCGGUAGGUGAGCGGCCAUUCCAAUGUAACCAGUGUGGGGCCUCCUUCACUCAGAAGGGCAACUUACUGCGUCACAUCAAGCUCCACUCUGGCGAGAAGCCCUUCAAAUGUCCCUUUUGUAACUACGCCUGUCGUCGCCGAGACGCCUUGACAGGACACCUCCGCACCCACUCUGUGUCCUCCCCUACAGUUGGUAAGCCCUACAAGUGCAGUUACUGUGGCCGCAGUUACAAGCAGCAGAGCACCCUGGAGGAGCACAGAGAGCGCUGCCACAGCUACCUACAGAGUCGGGACAGCCAGCCUGCUCACAACACCCAAUCUGCACAUGGUGAAGAGGUUCAUAACAUGGAGAUGAUGUCUGAACCCCUGAUCCAGUCUUCCUCAGAGAAGAUGACCUUCAUUGAUCGACUGGCCAACAGCAUCACCAAGCGGAAGAGAUCAACACCCCAGAAGUUCUUGGGUGAAAAGCACAUGCGGCUGAAUAUAUCCGAAGAACCUUAUGAAUUCGAUCCCAAUCCUGAUAAAGAAGGGGACGUGUUGGUCUCGCACACCGAGGCUGAUCCAUCUUCUUUAGGGCGUUUCCUCCGGGGGCCAAGAGGAGGCAGCAAUGAUGUGGAACCUUCUCGCUCCCUGCGGAUGCCUCCCCACUCUGCCUGCCUACCAGAGUUUACCCCAGUCAUCAGCUCUGUCUACCCCCAUAUAACUCCUCUAGGGCAGCGGCUAAACUGUGCAGGUGGCAUCUCAAUGGGCCUGGCAGGGAGGGAGGCUGGAGAGGGUCAUGAGGACGCGCCCUCCAGCCGCAGUCGCACUGCCUCGCCGAGCAAUGGUUACCAAGAUUCUACAGACACUGAGAGCAUGGUGGAGGAGCAGUGCGUCAUCGCCUCAGUGCCACCUGGAAACUUAAACCACAACAGCGGGCGCGAGCGGCACAGUCCUAGUCAUGCCAAAGAAACGGACAUGGAGGGGGACAGGGAAAAAGGAGUCCAUGGGGGUUUACCAGGGCUGCCCACCAAGGCUGGCCCGCGCUCACCGCCAGCAAGGGAAGCCAGGCAGGUGGUGGACGGGGAAGGGCGGCCAGUGCGCUCCUUCCGCUGUGAGCACUGUCGCAUUUUCUUCCUGGACCAUGUCAUGUUCACUAUCCACAUGGGCUGCCAUGGCUUCCGCCAACCCUUCGAGUGCAACAUCUGCGGCCAUCGCAGUCAGGACCGCUACGAGUUCUCCUCGCACAUUGUCCGCGGGGAGCAUCAGGUGGGCUGAGGAGGGCUUGUGGUUGGUGCAGUGUGAGAUUUGGGAGAGAUGUACAGAGAGUUGUAUGCUGCUUUGAGAUGGUGUCAUGGCAUCUUGUUUGGUCUGUAUCAGAUUGGGGGCAUGGCAUAUUAGCACUUGCUUUUAGUUAGGGGACAUCAGCUUUUACUGUUGAAGAGCAAUUGCAUAGGUACAACCGUAAAACACUCUAUGCGAUCGCAUCCUGUGUUUAGAGGAUGUCAAGAGAAUUAGAACGGGGGACUUAUCCUCUGAUUGCACUCCCACAUCAAGUCAUUCAUUGCAAGAUGCAGCUGUUUUGCUUUAGAAGUGCCUUCCUUCCUUCCAUGGGGUUUAUUUUUUAUCAGUUAGUUAAGAAGAGAAAUGUUAUGCUUGUUAUGCAGGCAUGAGAUUAGAUUUCUAGUACUCUGAUCUGAUCAGUAGCGUUUACAUAGAGUCUGCCUCUUCAAGAGAGAAAGACAGUAAGUUAAUUACUUAGAAGUCCAAAGUCUGGUAGACUGUUUUAACUAGAAUGGUUUUCUAAAGUUUCUGAGCCUGUUAAACAAGAGUAUUCAUACAACCUUUGUGCUCUUUUAGGAUACCUCGGUGGGACUGUUGAAAUUAGGUGACUCAGGGAGGACACUGCUGACAGAGAGAGGGAAUCGAGAGCAAGCGACAUGAAUUGCUAAAUUCUUUUAAGGCUGGAGGCAAGGGAGCAUUGGUAUGUUAGCCAUAUAAGGAGCACAGACACAUAUUGCCUUAAUAGUUGCUUUAUAUGAACCCUGUAUGAGCUAGUUGUUGAAUUGCACAUGGUUUUAAAUGCUGGAAGAUUCAGUAGGUACAAUGCAGAUGUUUGCGUAUUGCCAGAAUUUAGGAAACUUUAAAACGAAGACGGCAUGGCACUCUUAGGUCAGUUAAGAUUGGGGAUCAGACUAAGGCUUUUAUCAUUUUAGUUCUUUCUAAAAAGUAUGUUAAUGUUUUAAGUAACGAAAUGAACUUGAAGCAGUUUGCCUUAGUUUUUGAGUCUACAAACUAUGUCCUAAAAAAAAAAGUCAAACCAGUUGGUUUCCUUGUGCCUCAGAUUUUGAUUGUUUCAAGCUUUACCUAGACAGACCUCACUUGAUAAGGAGUUACAUUAAACGAUUUUGCAUAUAUAAUCUAUUGAGGUUUUUUUUAAAUAUUUUUUUGUAGUAUGAAGUCCCCCCAUCCAUCCUCUGCCAUUGACUUAUGUAUAGAAUGAUGGCCUGGCUUCAAACAUUAGUUAAUCCUAAUAAAGGAUACAGUAGGCCACAUUAUAUUUACAUGUUUUUUUUUUUUUCUUUUUUUUUUAACACACAGUAAAAGCAGAGGGUGAUAAGGAGCCUUAAUUACUCUGGUGCAGACCAAACACAGACCCAUGUUGCAUUCUGUGACUUUGAUGUGUGAGGCAGAGAGUUUGUUACCUUAAAGGAGGAUUGCACUUUUUCUAAUUCUACUUAAAUGUGAGUGUUUUGCUUGGGCUUUUGGGAGGGUUUCGGACAGGCGCUGAGGUACGGGUGGGAGGGGAAUUUUAUUACAAGGCUUUAGGGGAGCAGACUGUAAUGCCUGGUAACUGAGCUUUGAAAAAUAUUCUUUUGUUUUCUCAGAUUGCUCAAUUGCACUGAUUUCUGAUAAUAAAAAUAAAAAAAUAAAAAUAAAUGCUAUUUAAAGAAAAAAAAAAACUAGAAACAAUUUGAUACAAGAACACAUUGGUAAUAAAGACCAGAUGAGCAGUGUGGUGUUUUUAAAAAUUCUAUAAAGGCUAUUUUCCUAAUAAAAGGGGUCUCAGUCAUUUAAGGAUUCAGAACUGAAAAAUUUCUCGUGUUGUAAAAUUUGGUGCUUGGAUGUUUGUGUGACUUCUGCCCUUGAUAUUGGACUUGUAUCCUGUACGCUUGUCCUGUGUGAUCAUGUCCCAUUUGAGUUCAUGCAUAAGGUACGCUCAAUCCCCACUUGAAUACGAACUGCUGCUUGAUUUGAAGGAAAGGACUGAUUUUUUUUAUUUACCAUCCUGCCAAGAUAUUGUGGCCUGUUUUAUCGGUGGAUCUCACUUGCACAAACUGAGACAAUUCUGAUACAACUAAAGCACCAAUGAAUGAAUUUUUAAAAAUCUCAGAGAUUUGUUUUGUUUGCUUGCUUGUACAUUUCUCACCUUUUAUGUAAUAUGGGCUGUGGUUAAGGGUACUUGGAUGAUGGAAGUGGUCAGCCGUUUCCAGAACUUGCUUGCGUGUAAUUCACUUACCUGGUUCUACUUCUAUCGGUUGCUUGUGAAAUACUAGCUGCAAUUUUCCGUUUCCUUUAAACCAAACCCAGCUCCUUUUUCUGCACCAUUUAAUAUUUCUUAUCCCCAAGGUGUGAUGAAUUAAAUAUUUUAAAAGAACUGUGAAGCAACCUUAACAAGCAGCAACUGAGAAAGAGAGACCUGGCAUUUUUGGGGAGGCAGGGAACAAACUCUGUCAUACUUGGGCUUUAUCCCUGGGUUCAAUGUUUUUUAAAUAUUUUGUGAGAAAAAAUAUGUAUAUGACAAAGAAAAACUCUUUACCUCAAAUUUGUUAAAAUAUAAAAACUGCCUCAUGUUCUAUAAAAAGGUGUGUUGGUUUCAAGAGGUAUUGUUUAUUUGAUCUUGUUUUUAAGGAGUGUAAUCCAACUUUAAGUUGAAGUAAUUUUUCAUGUCCAAUAAAGUAAUAUUUGUUGUAACUUCUGUCCACUUAAAAAUCUAAACUUUUU